AUGACCCACUUUUGUGUCGUACCCGGUCUGCCCUUUCCACUCCUGCCUGAAUUUCACCUGCCCGUUCCCGCAUGCACGGAAUCCCAGGAUCUGAGUCUGCUGGUGCUCGUGGUGGACGUCAAUCCCUUCUUCUGGGCGCUGCGCCCGCCCUCCCUCCCCACCUUCCAUGACUUUCUCUCGCAGCUGCGUGUGUUCCUGAACGCGUAUCUGCUGCUGCACAGCGCCAACAGGGCUGCUGUCAUUGCCACUGGCCACUCCUGCUGCUUCGCAACAGCAGAGAACGAGCGGGCAAAGCGAGAGGCAGCAGCAGGGACAGCGGAAGGGGGGGAGAGUGCAGGGAGAGAGGAUGGGGAUGGGGGCACGGAGAGAAUGGAGGGAGUGGAGGGGAAUGGGGCGAUGGAUAGGGAGAUGAGGGACAGGGAGGGGAGCCAAGAGGGGGGAGUGAGUGGGGGAAGAGAGGGUGGAGAGAGUGGGGGGAAGGGAUUAGUGGGGGAUCAAGCGUCUCUGCUGUCAGGGUCAUUGUCAAUGGCACUGGCAUGUGAGUGUUGCUGCAUCUGCUUUGCCCCCCUCACCCUGCCCAGCCUCCCUUUGUCUCUCUAG